GCCAUUUUGGUUUUGUUCCCGUCUGCAGUCGCGAAGCCAGCAACGCAAUUGCAUAGGAAGAGACUUUCGGCUCAACGGCAUAGUGACUCGACAAUAUAGCGCCGACCAUCCAUUUCCCAUACCACCCUUUCUUUUUUGGUACCGACCGUCGAAUUUGCAUUCAUCGUUAUCGCUGACAUCUACACAUUGCGGGAGAGGAGCGGGUUCGCGUAGGGAAGGGAACGGGAAGAAAUAUUGAUGUCCAGCUCGCCGCUGUCCAAGAAGCGUCGCUUGUCAGGAACAGAGACGAAGACGGGAUCCCACUGCUCCUCCUCUAACUCUGUCAGAACUGAUCUGUCCCAUACACCUGCAAACGGCAUGGCUAAGAAUGGCAAUGAUGCUGAGAUUGAUGAAGGCCUGUACUCCAGACAACUAUAUGUGCUGGGCCAUGAAGCGAUGAAGCGCAUGCAGAACUCCAAUGUCCUCAUUUCUGGAAUGAGAGGACUUGGAGUAGAGAUUGCAAAGAAUGUCAUCUUGGGAGGAGUUCGAAGUGUCACUGUGCAUGACCAAGGAGUUGCAGAAUGGCGAGAUCUCUCUUCCCAGUUCUACCUUCGUGAAGAGGACCUGGGAAAGAACAGAGCAGAGGUGAGUCAGCCUCGUUUGGCUGAACUCAACAACUAUGUUCCUGUGACAGCGUAUACUGGAGUUCUCACCGAGGACUACCUUACCAAGUUCCAGGUGGUGGUGCUUACUAACGCCAACCUAGAUGAGCAGAAGCAUUUGGGGGACUUGUGCCACAACAGAGGAAUCAAGCUGGUUGUUGCAGACACGCGUGGUCUGUUUGGCCAACUUUUCUGUGACUUUGGAGAGGAGAUGAUAGUGUACGACACCAACGGAGAGCAGCCACUGAGUGCAAUGAUUUCCAUGAUCACCAAGGACAAUCCAGGUGUGGUAACUUGUCUUGACGAGGCUCGCCAUGGCUUUGAAAGUGGAGAUUAUGUGACCUUCACUGAGAUUCAGGGCAUGACGGAUCUAAAUGGCUGUCAGCCCGUGGAGAUUAAAGUUCUUGGCCCAUACACUUUCAGUAUCUGCGACACAACCGGCUUUUCAGAUUAUGUCAGAGGAGGAAUUGUCUCUCAGGUUAAGAUGCCUAAGAAGAUCAGUUUUAAAUCCAUCUCGUCCUCCAUGGCGGAACCAGACUUCAUAUUGACAGAUUUUGCCAAAUUCGAUCGUCCCGGACAACUACACAUAGGCUUUCAGGCCAUCCAUGCUUUCAAGCAGAAGCACAGUCGCCUCCCUACACCUUGGAGCCAGGCUGAUGGUGAUGAGCUGUUGACUCUGGCCAAAGAGCUGAACUCUGCCCAGACGGGGUCUGCCAAAGCGGAGCAGCUGGAUGAGGCUCUUAUCAAAAAGAUGUCUUAUCUUGCUGCUGGUGAUCUUUCCCCUGUCAAUGCCUUCAUUGGUGGAGUGGCUGCACAGGAAGUGAUGAAGGCAUCCACAGGGAAAUUUAUGCCUGUAAUGCAGUGGCUAUACUUUGAUGCGCUGGAGUGCCUUUCUGAAGGAGAAGAGGUUAUGCUCACAGAGGAAGAGUGCAGCCCUAGGAAUUGUCGGUAUGACGGGCAGAUUGCAGUGUUUGGCAGUAAACUGCAGAAAAUCCUUGCCGACCAGCGCUACUUCCUGGUUGGAGCUGGAGCCAUCGGCUGCGAAUUGUUGAAAAACUUUGCCAUGAUUGGUCUGGCCAGUGAGGAGGGCGAGGUUAUCGUGACUGACAUGGACACCAUAGAGAAAUCCAACCUCAACAGACAGUUCCUCUUCAGACCCUCUGAUGUCACGAAAAUGAAGAGUGACACAGCUGCUGCUGCAGUGAAGCAGAUGAACCCCUCCUUCAAGAUCACAGCUCAUCAGAACAGAGUUGGUCCAGAGACAGAGAGGGUCUACGAUGACGACUUCUUCGAAAGUCUAAAUGGGGUCGCUAAUGCACUGGACAAUGUCGAUGCACGUAUGUACAUGGAUCGGCGGUGUGUUUACUAUCGGAAACCCCUGCUGGAGUCGGGUACUUUGGGCACAAAAGGCAACAUCCAGGUCGUGAUCCCCUUUCUCACAGAGUCGUACAGCUCCAGCCAAGACCCGCCUGAGAAGUCCAUCCCCAUCUGUACCCUGAAGAACUUUCCAAAUGCAAUUGAGCACACACUGCAGUGGGCCCGAGACGAGUUUGAGGGGCUCUUCAAACAGGCACCAGAAAAUUCCAUGCAGUACCUCACAGAUACUAAGUUCAUGGAGCGAACUCUGAAGCUUCCAGGAGCUCAGCCUGUGGAGGUGCUGGACGCCGUGUACAAGAGUGUUGUUACAGACUGCCCGCACAGCUGGGCUGACUGCGUCGCCUGGGCUCGCAAUCACUGGCAGUGCCAGUACAGCAACAACAUCCGUCAGCUAUUGCACAACUUCCCCCCAGAUCAGCUCACCAGCUCAGGCGCCCCCUUCUGGUCUGGUCCAAAGAGAUGUCCUCACCCCUUAGAUUUCAGCACUAGCAACGACCUCCACGUGGAUUAUGUAUUGGCAGGUGCAAACCUGUUCGCCCAGACGUAUGGCCUGCAAGGCAGCACUGACCGAGCAGGUGUGGUCAAGAUCUUGCAGGACGUCAAAGUGCCAACUUUUACUCCUCGCUCCGGGGUUAAAAUCCACGUCUCUGAUCAGGAGCUGCAAAAUAGCAAUUCCUCUGUUGAUGACUCCAAACUGGAAGAACUGAAGUCUCAGCUGCCUACGCCGGAGUCGUUCCAGUUCAAACUCAGCCCCAUCGACUUUGAAAAGGAUGAUGAUGCAAACUUUCACAUGGAUUUCAUCGUGGCAGCCUCCAAUCUGAGAGCAGAGAACUACGACAUUCCACCUGCUGACAGGCACAAGAGCAAGCUGAUUGCUGGCAAGAUCAUUCCUGCUAUCGCCACGACUACAGCUGCAGUGGUUGGCUUAGUGUGCUUGGAGCUCUUCAAGAUUAUCCAAGGGCAUAAAAAACUGGAUUCGUUCAAAAAUGGCUUCAUGAACUUAGCCCUACCUUUCUUUGCCUUCUCUGAGCCCAUUGCUGCUCCCAAACACAAGUACUAUGAGAUUGACUGGACUCUUUGGGAUCGCUUCGAGGUCAAAGGGCUGCAGUCCAACGGGGAAGAAAUGACACUCCGACAAUUCCUUGACUACUUUAAAAAUGAGCAUAAGUUGGAGAUCACCAUGCUAUCUCAGGGAGUGUCCAUGCUGUAUUCAUUUUUCAUGCCUGCUGCCAAACUUAAAGAAAGACUGGACCUACCAAUGACUGAGAUUGUGACUAAGGUGUCCAAAAAGAAGCUGGGCAAACACGUGAAGGCCCUGGUGUUUGAGCUGUGCUGUAACGACCUGUCUGAUGAAGACGUGGAAGUGCCCUAUGUCAGAUACACCAUCCGCUGAGCUCCACACCGAGCCCACCCACCGGAGGGUGGGAGAUGCGGGGGGAGGGGAGCAAAAAGGGGACUAUUCUGAAGUGGGUAGCUUGAUCCAAGUCCGCGCUACUGGAUCAAUCAGGGGUUUUUUUCUGUUUUCUCUUCGUUUUCUUUUUUGUGGGCCUGGGGUUUUUGCGUAAACCUGUGCCUGACUGUACAUAGCCCCAGUAAGCUGACUAAAGGAGACCAGUAUGGGUUAGGGAUCCAGUUGGCGCUCUAUGGCGGGUGUAAUUGAAGGAAGGGAGCAUGUAUACUGGACAUCCUGACGCUCCUCAGUUGUAGUACCUCUACAGAUCAAUAAGCCCAACGUGAGUCCCUGCGUAAACGAUCGUCCUCACAGUAACUGAGGGCCAUUUUAAUCCAACCCAGCUACCUUCCCUCUACUUGCUCUCUUUAGUCAUCAAAACCCUCGUCUCGUCUUACCUUGUACACAUCACAAGUUAAAUUUCAAAGUAUCCUUUUUUUUAUGAUUUCCAUUUCAUUAAUUAAAACCAAGCUACCCGAGAAAACAAAGAACGACCAUGUAGAUAUUUUCUGACUGGAAACCCUAUGGUAUCACACUGGCAGAAUGCUCUUCCCAGUCUGAAGCACCCCUACCUCCCUCACCACAGCACUCUCCGAGGGGCUCUUGCACAUGACAUAAUAUUUUUUUUCCCCCUUAUUUCUCAUUAUUUCUUGUGUUUUUGUUGUAUUUUAUUUUGGGGGAGGGAGAUACAAGAAAGGAAAAAAAAAAAAAAAGAUUUGGCACACAUCUGGUAGUUCAUAACACUUGUUUCUAUUUUGUUAACUCCAAAUAAUAAAAACCGAAAUAAGAGCAAGGCAUUGAGAUGUAUCUUGAUAUGGGAGCACUUAGUGUGAUAGUGAAUAAACAUGUAAAACAUG